GUCCUCCUACUGACGUGUCGUAUUCGGUUAUUGAGGAAAAACACAGCGCUGUUUUUCAUGCUAACGUUACUUCUGUAACCAACAGGUAUUAUCAACAGACUGAACAAUGUCAGAGCCCAACAAGCAGGACAUUUCUGCUAUUUUUAAGCGACUGCGCUCCAUUCCUACGAACAAGGUUUGCUUUGACUGUGCAGCUAAAAACCCCAGUUGGGCCAGCAUCACCUAUGGUGUAUUCCUAUGUAUAGACUGCUCGGGGACUCACAGGUCUCUGGGGGUGCACCUGAGCUUUAUCAGGUCUACUGAGCUGGAUUUUAAUUGGUCCUGGUUCCAGCUAAGAUGUAUGCAAGUGGGAGGCAAUGCCAGUGCGAUUGCUUUUUUCAGUCAACACGGGUGCACAGCCAGCGCUGCCAACGCAAAGUACAACAGUCGAGCUGCUCAGCUGUACAGAGAGAAGAUAAAAACUUUAGCCACACAAGCCACCAGACGCCAUGGCACUGAGUUGUGGCUCGACAGUCAGGCUCCUCUCUCUCCAGCGUCUCCAGAGGACAAGCAGGUGGAUUUCUUCAGUCUGCAUUCACAGGGUGUUCCUGAAAAUUUGAACAUGGCCAAAAUGAGUCUCAGCUCCUCCACAUCGGAGAGUUUAACAACAGAAAAGGAGGAAGACAAAAAUGGUAAUUCAGAGGAGGGUCCAAGUGUGGAAAUGCUGAGUGUUUCCCCAAAAGCAAAUCCAGAGCCUUCCUCUCUUCUCAAGAAGAAGCCAGCUGCUGCCAAGAAAACAUUGGCCUCUAAGAAGGGUGGUCUGGGCGCUCAGAAAGUGAGCAGCCGGAGCUUCUCAGAGCUGGAGAAGAAGGCUCAAGCUGCUGACAAGCUGAGAGAGAAAGAAGAGAGCACUGCGAGUGCCAAGAAGAAUGUUCAACCUGAGGAGUCUAUCGCUCCGUCCUUGCGACUGGCCUAUAAAGAUCUUGAGCAGCAGAGGAAAAUAGAGGAUCAAAAGCUGAAGGGAUUAGAGGGGAAGAAGAAGGAGCAAGCUGAGAGACUGGGCAUGGGUUUAGGCAUCAGGAGCGGAGUUUCUCACUCUGUGACAUCGGACAUGCACAUCAUUCAGCAGGAGAAUCCUCUGGGAGCAAAGACCUCCAAGGGACGGCGGUUCACUGAGGAAGAUGAUGAUGAAGGGUCCUUCAGUUCUAGGAUCAUGUCCCGUUUUGAGGAUCAAACAGAACCAUCUGAUAAUUUCUCUUCACGGUGGGGUGAUGGAGGCGAUGGAGGAGGCUGGUUAAAGGAAAGCAAGAAACCAGAGCCAGACUUCUACUUGUCCUCCACUAUAUCUUCAUUUGAUGACAGGCCAACAGCCAGGAGGAAGCCAGAACCAGUGCCAGUGUCAGACUCAGGAGAAGCUCGGAAAAAGUUUGGAGAUGAUGUCAAAGCCAUCUCCUCUGACAUGUACUUUGGAAAACAAGACAACUCUGAGUACGAGGCCAAAACACGACUGGAAAGAUUUGCUGGGAGUGCCGCGAUAAGUUCAGCAGACCUUUUUGAUGAUCCAAAGAAACAGCCUGCGAGUUCGUACCGUCUGACCAAUGUGUUGCCCAGUGCUCCUGACAUGUCUCAGCUCAAACUGGGAGUCCGCUCAGUCGCAGGAAAACUCUCUGUCAUGGCCAGCGGCGUAGUUAGCUCAAUUCAGGACCACUACAGUUCCUGAAACACGGUGCAUCUCCUCGUAGAGUUAGAUCAUUUCCCCUGUGAGUGGUGGUUCCUUACCUGGGGAGAAAAGGUGAAAGGUCACACAUCUGAAUCUAUCCCCAAAUUAUCCUGUAUACAUCUACAUCUAGUUUUUUAUUAGAUAAUGUAUAUACGACAGUCACCUUGAUUCUAUUAGAAUAAAGUUGACUAAAGCACAAUAUUUGUUCCUGUGCAGGCAUCUUGAAGGGAUAUCUCUAUGGAUAUACAGUCAUGAAGAGUCUCUAGUUGGCAAUAAUGAUGUAGUUUGCUUUGCGGUCCUGGGGUUUGAAUAUGUAGAAAUACUGUAUGUAGCAGUGUGAGGGGAUUUGUGGUGUUAUGAAGGAGGGAUUUGCUUUUUGAUUCCUUUAGUUAAUUAUGUCAGAACCUAAGCAGCUGAGACAAUUCAGUUUGAAGUACUUAAGUGGUUAACACACACACACAGACACUCACUCACUCAUCACGUGCACUUUGUGGUGUCAUCUUGUAAUUUCCCACAGGUUUGAAAGUGUCCUUUCCGUCCCCAAAGUGCACUUAUGUUUGCUCUUCCACAGACAGGACCAAAAGCUGAUAAUGAGGCCUUGGGGAACCAGAUAUAUAUUUCUUAAUUUAGUAUAAUAUCAGUUGUGUAAAUUCAUAUUGGCCUAAUUAGCACUUAAGCUUCAUUAUCCUGGAAGUAGCUAUGUUUUGCUUGUUUUUUUUUGUGGGUCAUGCAUCUGUAGUGCAAAAGGACAAGAUGACAUGGAGCCUAAGCAGGAAUAAGAAUAAUUUUUAAGAGAUGAGCUCUAAUGAGGUGUUUGUUGGUAGGUGGACUUUGUUGUCUUUGGACCUUGUUUCCAGUCUGUAUGCUAAGCUAAGAUAACUGGCUGCAGGGUGUAGCUUCGGACAGAUAUAAGAGUGAUAUCAAUGUUUCAUCUAACCCUUGCCAAGAAAACAAACCCACUAUGUCAAAUAGAUCCUUUAAAAAAACUCAUGAAGUGUUAUUUCUUUCUCAAUCCAGUUUAAUUAGACACUUUAACUUUGACUUUGUAAUCAAGAGUGUGGUCAGCAAUGUUAUAUAUGGAAUUAUUGACUUUUGAUGAUGGAUUUUGUUAAAAAUUAUGUUUAGACAUCUGCAAUGAAUUCGUAGGUUGUCCUCUUUGGUAUAUUAUUUAAUGGCACACACUUAUAGAGUCUUGAAGGCUUGAAUUUCCUGAAGUGAGACUUUUUUUUUUUGUAGCUUUCAGGCCCCGUUGUACAGCAGCACAUGUCCACUUAAAAGAAUGAAUGUAAACAAUCCCUUUAAAGCCUUCAGAGUUCAUUUUUUUGUUGCUGCACCAUACUGCCAAGGUCCAAAUGAUAUAUUUAAUUACCUUACAUAUAACAGAGGCAGUUGGAUUUGACAAUUAAAGGCAAUAGAAAAGCAACUUGAUAUCUGUCUAUGGCUUUAGUACUGGAAAAACUACAGUUUGACCUUUAGCAUUUAUCUAAAGUUUACUUAUGAGGGACCAGUGUUUUUGAAGCCCAGAUCAGGAACAUGAUGAUUAUAUUACUGAGCAAUUUCUGUACUGUUUAUGCUUCUCAGGAGUUUGAUUUGACAUGCUAAGUAUGAAACACUAUGAGUUAUAUAAGAGUUAUAUAUCCUUCAUUGACCAAAUAUUUGUUAACUCCAUCACUUUAUGCCUUAGUCCAAAGAUCUCCUAACCAUUUGUCCUAAAAUUGCAAUAUUGUGGAGUCAUCUCGUUACCCUUUUUUGCACAUAAUUUGUUAGAAAUUGCACGUGGCAGCUUUUGCUUGAAUGUACUGUAUUGCAAUUGAACCUUUGCCUCCAAGUUGACGACGCGUCCAUGUUAGACUUGUUGUUUUUUGUUUUGUUUUUUUUGAUCUUUGUAAGAUUGUUUGUGUCUUCUGCUGUGUAAUUUUGCUAAAUGUUACAUAAAAGAAUAGCAGCUUG